CUGGAGCUUGUGGUUCAAGUGCGCUCUGGCAGGCGGGAAGUCCUCCGCUGGGGUUUGAACAGAGCCCCUGCCUAGCCAUGGGACUGGAGCAGCCGCUCUGCAAUCUGGGCUGCCCCAUCGGUACCCAGGAACUCCCAGGGCUCUGUCGUCACCGCCGGGGAGGGUGACCACUCUCGCCUCUGCGUGCAACACCACGAUGUGGUGGUGGUGAUGGGCGGGGGGUGGUCUGCAGCUUGUGCAGCGCUAAGGCCGGGGUGUUGGCGGCGCUCGGGAAGGAUCCCGCAGGCGCUGGCCGCCGCCCGGCCCUCCUCCGGCUCGGGGCAGGGCCGCUGCCCUCCCGCCCCUUUAUCUGCCGGCCCCUCCGCGCUCCGGGAGGCCGCGGGCUGCGGGCCGGGCCCAGCGGCAGCUUCUCCCGGCUCUGCUCCGGCUGGGGCUGGCCUCAGGAUCUUCACCGUCUCAGAGCAGUCAUGAAGCAGAGCUCCAUGGAAGAGUCCCUUUAAGAUAUUUGUUUCAUUUUGAUCACAUUUUUCAUUACAAAUGGAGGCCAAAAGUGCAGUUAAUAAACAAAACCAGUUUCAGCUCAGUUUGGAAGACAUGAGAGAUUUUUUUCUUUAAACACAGUGGGCCAAGCUGGGAAUUAGUUUGCAGUGAUGGGGGUGACCCAGUUGCUGAGAGACUGGGAGAUCAGCCAGGGAUGAAAACUUGGCUUCUAUAAUCUGUGACCACUCACUGGGUUCCUGGGGGUUGCCUACAGCAGAUGGUGAAUGGCAGUAGGGCAAGAGCUGGUUUUGGAGCCAGGUGGACCUGCUGUGCCAUCCUGCUUGGGAAGCUGUGAACACCAGCCGAGCUGCAAGUUCAGAGACCUGUUACAAAGUGGAGGUGAAAUGUGUGGGGCAGGUCUUUGUAAACAGCAAGCCACUGUGAUGGAUUAACAUUAGAACCUGAUCUGAUGAAUACUAUUCCAGUGUUUUUCUCUUUCUGGCUUUGCCAGACUGGGUGCUCCUCUUUAGGAUCCCUUGAGAGCGUUAAUUCUGACAGCCCCGUAUUAACACUGGUCCAGCCUUAUUGCUAUUUUGAUCUAAUGAGGUUAAGGUUAGAGUUUGUCUUCUGUGGCAAGAUAAAGUUGUCUUUGAGUGUGCUGAACAAUCAGGGCCCAGAAAGCAACAAUGAAUAUUUUGCAAGCCAGGAAGGAGGCAAAAGAGGAAAUGGAGUUACAAGCAAAUAGUACUUGUAGUACUUAGGUAUUAUUUGGUUAGGCCAUAAGCUCCAAGGCGGCAGGUUAUUAAUACCCUUAGGUGUUUUAAACUGCUUUGCCCAUUGCUGAAGCACCAGUGCCUGGCACAUAGUAGGCCUAAAAUAAAUAUUGUUGGAAUGGAAUAUCUCUGGGCCUGAAGAGGCCCUUUGAGCUCACUGGUGAAUUCACUCUUUCAAUUGAAAUUUGGGGAAUAGGGCCAAGAGGGAAAGGGAUUUGUCCAAGGUGACCCAGGGACUGAGGAGCUGAGCCAGGAUCAGAACCCAACAAAAAUAGUGGAAACUGCACUGUGCUAGAUGCCUUUAUCCCUGACUUUGUUUUGCUUUCACAAGAGCCCAAAAGUUAGCUCUUGUUAAGCUAUGAUUAUAAAUGAGGAAAAAGGCUGAGAGGUUAAGGGACUUUUGCCAAGUCACACAGCUAGGAAGUUCCAGAGCUGAAAUCCCAACCUCAUGUAAAAACAAGGAUUUCUGGCUUCUCUGGAACCAGUCUGCUGGAGAUGAGUGGUGGAAACCUCCUAUGGGGCAGUGGCUUUCUUCAGUUCUCCAAGGUCACCACCUGACCGGUCCCUCUCUUGGACUGGACCUUCCUAGACCCAUGGGCAUUUAUGAGGGGGACAGAAGCCAGCCCAGGAUGCCUGACAUCCAUCAAUAAGGCUCUGGACACCUGGUCCCAGCUGAGCUUUGCUCUUGCCUUGCUCUGUGAUCUUGGCUCCCUGCCCGGGCCCACAGCCAUGGCCACAGCGGUGGCCCAGAAGCUUAGCCACCUCCUGCCCAGCUUGCAGCUGUUCCGCCAGGAACCUCAGCUGUCUGUGCAGCCAGAGCCUGUCUUCACAGUGGACCGAGCCGAAGUGCCCCCCAUCUUCUGGAAGCCGUACAUCUACGUGGGUUACCGGCCGCUGCAUCGGACCUGGCGCUUCUACUUCCGCACACUCUUCCAGCAGCACAACGAGGCGGUGAACGUAUGGACCCACCUGUUGGCAGCCCUGGUGCUGCUACUGAGGCUGGCCAUCUUUGUGGGUACCGUGGACUUCUGGGGAGACCCGCACGCCCUGCCCCUCUUCAUUAUCGUCCUCGCCUCCUUCACCUACCUCUCCCUCAGUGCCUUGGCUCAUCUCCUGCAGGCCAAGUCCGAGUUCUGGCAUUACAGCUUCUUUUUCCUGGACUAUGUGGGUGUGGCCAUGUACCAGUUUGGCAGUGCCCUGGCGCAUUUCUACUAUGCCAUCGAGCCUGCCUGGCAUGCCCAGGUGCAAGCCAUUUUCCUGCCCAUGGCCGCCUUUCUCGCCUGGCUUUCCUGCACCGGCUCUUGCUACAACAAGUAUAUCCAGAAGCCGGGCCUGCUGGGCCGCACUUGCCAGGAGGUGCCCUCGGCACUGGCCUACGCGCUAGACAUCAGCCCCGUGGCACACCGCAUCUUGGUGUCCCCUGAUCCUGCCGCGGAUGACCCGGCCCUUCUCUACCAUAAGUGCCAAGUGGUCUUCUUCCUUCUGGCUGCCACUUUCUUCUCGGCCUUCCUGCCCGAGCGCUGGUUCCCCGGCAGCUGCCACGUCUUUGGGCAGGGCCACCAACUGUUCCAUGUCUUCUUGGUGCUGUGCACGCUGGCUCAGCUGGAGGCUGUGGCACUGGACUAUGAGGCCCGGCGGUCCAUCUAUGAGCCUCUGCACACCUGCUGGCCCCAUAACUUCACCGGCCUCUUCCUGCUCACCGUGGGCAGCAGUGUCCUCACUGCGUUCUUCCUGAGCCAGCUGGUGCGGCGCAAACUAGAUCGGAAGGCCAAGUGAAGGGGGGUGGCAGCUGGUGGGGAGGGAGUUGUAGUUGGGGGUGGCCCAGGGGUCCGGGCUUGGCUCCACACGGGAACAAGGCCUGGUAAAGUUGUUUGUGUCUGGUCUGCAGUGACUCUCUGUGCAUGCCUCAGCUGCCAAGGCAGCACUGGCCAGUCCUUGGAGUUUGGGAUUGGCUGAACUUCUGGGGUCCAUUCCUGGGCCUGCCAAAGCUCUGUCCUGGGAGAGGAAAAGGUAAAGGUGACUUGCCCCUCUAUUGCUUCUCAUUAGGGUUGAGGCUGGGGGCCAACUUGAGCCAGGACCCCAGCUUGGGGCUUCCAGAUUGUCUGGGAGGAGAGAAAAUAGAAUUUUGGCCAGAAUCAGAUUUGAGCUGAGAGGCAGGGGAGGCCUCAGUGGCUCCCGUAUACCCAGUUUUCACUGGUAGAUGGGAAAGGGUGGGCUUAAAAUGCAUGCAGGAUCUUACUAUCCCUUGAACCCCAGCCUGGGGUGUUAGAGCGCCAAAGAGCACCCAGAGGUAGAAGACUCUGCCAGACUGAAAUGGAUUCUAUCCAGUGCACCCCCUGCUCCCAUACUUCUCCAUCAGUCACUGUGCUGGGAAGUGAGCCCCAACCCUGCUAGCACUGGCUUCAGUGUCUAACACAUCAUUUCCCAGUUUCUCUCUCAGUUCCCUUUCACAAUUCAGUUAUCCAUUCAGGGUUUCCUGGGUCUCUGCUUGGAGACAGGCCAUAGACUGGGCCCUGGGGAUCAAUGUAGGAUGAUAGUUUAGUAUCAGGAUGAAUUGUCAGAGGAAGCACUGAGGAGUGAAUAACCAGUACUAUACCAGACCUUCAGGGUUUUGGGUUAGGGAGAGUGAGUAAGAGUUUGCAGAAGAGGAAAGGUGUUCCAGAGUGGGGGUGGCAUCCUGUGCAAAGGCCCAGAGGUGUGGAAGGAGGAGUUCACUGGGGCUAGAGCUAGGGUUGGGCUAGUCCCUGAUAUGUCCUGGAUGCAAUAAAGUGAC